AUCGGCCAGUCCAGAGGAACGAUGUACUCGCGAUUUAAUGCUUCAGGUCUGAAGAUCCAGGCCACAUUUAUUGGGGAAACGCGGAAAGAGCUCCUUAAAAGCCCCGCUAAAGGCACAGUAGCCGAUUCCCCGGUGUAAAAGCAGCCAUCGGUCGAUGCUUAAUCUCGUCACUCACUUUUCUUUUUCACCGUCACAGUUCUGUGAUACAGUUUCUGGUUUGCUGCGGUCACCUUGAGGCAGGACAUGCCUUCGCUCCAUGGAUGAGACCAGCGCUUCUAGUAUUCAUUAAGGUUUUAGAAUGUUCAGCAGUACCUCGUAUCGCGACGUUGGAUUGAUCAUGUAAGGUGUGUCUCAUUUCAUUUACCUGCUUAUCUGUGUUAAUUUGUACAUGCGGUUAUAUACGAACUUACAUUUUUAUAUGUGUAUUAAUAUAAAAUUAACCAGCUGGUCAUCCGCAAAUCGUUGAUCCAAAUGUGUUCUCCUGUUUCCAUUUGUGUAUUCGUCUAAAUUUGACCACUCUUGGAUCUGCAGAUCCGUAGUUCAUAUUGUCGUUUAGCAAUGCGACAACGUGAGGCGUUCACGGACUCCAGAUGGAUCUGUGUUUUGCUCGGGCAUCGCUCUCAGCUGUUCCACUAAAGGACAACAAAUAACUCUUUACGUCUCGGACAGGAGUUUGUGUGAAGCGCUACAGCGAACGAGGCGGACGCUGAAGUUUUUCUCCUGUGAGCUUAUAAUGUGACAAGUAUGCACAGAUUGGACCAGUCCUGUGGUUAUUGAUGACGGCGCGGGGGGCUCUGAAUGCUGCAAAGCAGACAAAAGGACCGCGCCGGACACACAUGCAUUGACGCGUACACUGGACAUUUUCGACACUAACUGAGAAACGAUGAUCGUUAUUUUUCAGAGUGCGACCGUGUUUCACCCGUAAGUUGAAAUACUGGCAAGACAAUGUCCAGGCCUGAAGAUUCUGCGGACGCGCACGAAGCAGAAGCUUCCUGCCAUGGUUGUCUUGGACAGGUAGGAAGUAGGGAAACGCUGGAUUCAUGCAGGCUGAAAAUUUCAAACACUUCUCUACCUUGUCUGCCCGUCCAUGAAAAUUUCAAGCCGGUCGCUGACCCCUACUAUAAAACCAUUAAAGUGGUGCCGCCCUACUGGCAUACGUUUGAGACCGAUGUAAAGUUGCGCUGGCGAGACAAAGAGAUUCUUGAAGUUGUAACCAGGGAAUUUCGGUCGCGGCCAGAAUCCUACUAUCAACGCGCAAUUGAAAGCGGGAAGUUCAUGCUGGUGAACAAUCAGGCAUGCAGAUGCGACACAGUUCUUCGCAACGGAGAUCAUCUCACCCACAAAACCCUGGAAAUUGAGUUUGCGGUCCCGUGGACCACUCCCGUCCACGUUUUGUACGAGGAUGACGGGCUCGUAGCAGCCUUCAAGCCUGCUGGCAUGCCCGUACAUCCGCAGGGGCGUUACACUCAGGCGUCACUUACUGGGAUAAUGAAGCGGUUCCAUCUGCGUCAACAUGUGUCCACAUACCUGCAUCCCGUCAACCGCCUGGACCGAGUGACUGCAGGGGUUGUCAUCCUGGCCAAAAACUCGUCCCAGGCGAGGACUUUGACAACAGCCAUCGGCUCUGCUCUGAAGCUCUACAUUGCCCGAGUGGCGGGCAACUUCAGCACUACCAUGCAACAAAUCAGAAUUGCUUCCCGUGGUCUUCGAGCCGACAAAACAUGCAAUGAAUGCAAACGUGCGACAGAACGGUUCGCGACUACUGCGACCGAACACAAAAUCCUGGAAGAAACCAGACUGUGUGUUGCCGUUCACCAGACUGCUCACGAAGCUUCCGACUGCGGAUCGCAGGCAGAAAUCGAACAGCGUGGCCGCUGUUUUGAGUCAGCAAAGCGUUGUCGGCUCUUGGCGAGCACUCUUGAUGCCAGUUACCAAGAUGUUAACGGCAACCAGGCCUGUGUUACUAAGACGCAGAUGCAUCAAUUGCACGACGGAGGGAGUCAACUCGGUCACGAAGAUGUAGUCGUGCCCACCUCCUGCGCUCGCAUCAGUGCACUGGCAGAGAUAAACGGGUCCGCGAACGGCAACAGACAAGACGAGCUCUCGCCUCUCGUUGAGGAGAGGCGAAGAAGGAAAGCCGAGAAACGUCGCUGGAAGGAAGAAAAAAAGCAACAACGGGCAGCUGCGCAAGAACAACGGCAACGCGAACACGAGGCAAGAAUGUCGAGACAGGAUGCAGCAGACGAGGAUCUCUCUAUUCAGGAUGCUACACACAGGGGUAUUUUUUCCCUGAUGAAAGUGGCGCCACCAAGAUGCAGGCCGUGUGCCAGUCGAGUGACGGAGGCGGCAGUCCCUGGGAAGGAGGUAGAUGCCCCCAGCUCAGCAUUAGUUGCUGCGGUGAAUGAGCGCUGCACUAGGGACAGCACUGAUGGCAGACGAGUCAGUACCAUGUCUGAUCACGAGCAUCCGGCUGCGGUGGCGCAGUCUGCCGAGUUCCAAGAGAACGAUACGUACCUCAAAGUAUCUGCACGGCUGCUAGUAUCCAGCUGCCUAGUUGGGAGGCAGUUGGCAGUGGGAUGGAAUGAGGAUCAUGGCAAAGAAGCAGAGACAGUCUUCAAAAUGCUACAUUACGACGAGGACAGCGAUACUUCUCUCGUCGCUUGCAUCCCGCUCACCGGCAGGACCCAUCAGAUUCGAAAGCACCUGCAAAUCCUAGGAACUUCGAUAGUUGGAGAUGCGCUGUAUCCGCCAAAGUCAAGAAUGCCACACACCUCAGGGCAGCCUCUCGGUGAACCAGGGACGUCACCAGCGAGCAAUAACCCUGAAAUCGAAGGGAAUCGACCAGAGCAUGGUCCCGUCAAAGCGCCGACCAAGAGAGCAUCCACCGAGAGAAGUCUAUCGGUUUCCUUCAGCCUGGAUGAGCUGCGAGCAGCCAAUCGUGCGAGCCUUAACUGCCAUUGUUCCCGGUGCGCCACCUUCACUGGCAAACCAGAUGCUACCUCUGACGGAUUAAGUGAUCUUCAAGGGCGCAAUUGCACCUUCGUUGAUGCGCUUCGGGAGAUGGCACAACUGUCUGAUGUCGUAGUGUCGCGUGACGGUGAACGGGCAGAGGUGGCAUACGCGAUUGAGGAGCCAUGCCACAUUGAUCUAAUGUCAUUUGCUUACAUCUUCGACACAGGUUCUGGCCAGCAAAACACGAUCUCUGCUGCUGGAUCACGGGAACGGGAUGUGUCAAAUGAGAUAAGCGAGUCAAAUCCUCCCGUAACACUUGGAGCGACAGAGAGUCCAGCGUCUGAAGCGGGUACCAGAAAAUGCGGUUCACUUGAGACAAUCGGGGUUGGGAGAGGAACUACUCUCGCAGCUGAAGUCGACAGCCGGAGCACUCAAGAUCGUGGAGAUCCAGAAGCGAAGAACGAGGAUAUUCCUGCGGGCGAAAUUUUGAAGGAUGCUUCAGUGGAUGCUCAAAACUGCCGCCGCUGUCAAUUUGUUAUCGCUUGCCCGUCUGCCGUGAUGCCUGACUGGACUCAUCCCGUGAAAGCCGAGGAACUCUGUUCACUUCUUGACUGUCUGUACUUGUUGCAUAGACAGAAGAGGCUCUGACUGUUCGCUUUACUGAGACCCACCGGGUACAAUUCAGCGAGUCAUACAACUUCGUCUCUUGCUCGAAACGUGACAGUUCACUGUCUCGCUCGCGAUGCCAACGGAAGAAUGGACUUGGAGCCUCU